GAAGAAGAGAAAAGCGGGAAAGUGAACAGCGGUUGAAAUUUCCCGACCCUCGUUAAAAUUCAAAUCUUAAAAGGGGUUCAGAGACACUUCUUCUAAAAUUGGUUCAAAUUCUAACCAAACCCCUUUUCUUUCCAAAUUAGGGUUUUGGGUUUUGACAGAAUGAAACGUACGCGCAGAGGCGAUGCCGAUGCCGAUGCCGAUGCCGAUGCGAAUGCCGACGGCGAGGGAGUUUCCAAGAAGAAAACGGUGCGAGAGCAGAACCCCGCUACUCGCAGGGUCAUACGCUCCCAGUUCCUCAAACUCAAGACUCUCAUCGGCGAGAAAAGAGAUGAUUUGAUGAACACGGAGUCCGACAAAUUCCACAACAUUUUGGACGAGUUCGACAAGUUACACGACCAAGUUGAGAAGCCAAGAGAGCAGGUUGCAGAUGCAGAGGCACUGUUGGAUCUGACGCGCACUCUGGUAGGAUCUGUUAGGAGUUUGGCGAACGAGGGUGUCACCCCUUCACAAUUUGUUUCCUCUUUGCUCAUACGCUAUGGCCAAGGUCAAGGCCAAGAUUCAAUCGAUUGGCAGAAACUUGGCAUUGCGGUGUCCCCGAUAUUCCUCUCCGUUCAUGGCUCUACUACCAUGCUUGGACCUAUGGACAACGAAAUCAAGAAACGAAGAAUCGGAGUGCGCAAACAACGUGAUGCUCGCCCUGUCGCAACUACUAGACCUGAACAGCUUGAUGAGGCUGGUGCGGUGGAGAAAACUGAUACUGACAAAAACAUGGCAACGAUGUUUAACAUCUUGAGGAGGACAAAACGUGUCCGACUUGAAAAAUUAAUUAUCAACAGAAAGUCUUUUGCUCAGACCGUGGAAAAUUUGUUUUCUCUGUCAUUCCUUGUAAAAGAUGGUCGUGCUGAGAUCAGUCUCGAUGAAAAUCGUUUGCACUAUGUUUCUCCUAAAAAUGCUCCAGCUGCUAACUUAGUAUCAUCAAAAGAAGUUUCUUAUAGUCAUUUUGUAUUCAGAUAUGAUUACCAAGAUUGGAAGCUUAUGAAAGAUGUAGUGCCGGAAGGGGAAGAGUUGAUGCCACAUCGGGUUCAAUCUGCUACCGUUGCUUACCCUCAGGAAAGGAUGGGUGUGGACGAUUCCCAACCUGCUUUGGCUUUAACACCUAUCAGGAAGCUAUCACGGAAUCGAGGACUGGUUGUACAGGAGGAAAGUGUUGUAGAAGAAACUCCUGAAUGUGAUGAAGAAAAUGUUUCCAGAGAAGCGGCUAUUCGGAGGUGUAAGCGUAAACUUGAUGAAGAAAUAGCACAUUAGGUCUGAACAACUUCAAAUUUACAUGAAUAUGUUUUGUUCAGCUCGCCAAGCUGACCUUUUAGUUAUAUAUAGAGAGAGAAUGUAAAUAUUUUCAGGUCCAUGAUGCCAUGCGUUUUGAAGGCUGGACGUAAUUUUAGCUUCCUUUUCUGUCAA